AUUCGCCUCAUUAUUUGACGAAGUGUAACGUUUCAUAUUGCGCGCCUUUCGAUGUUAGAUGACGCUGCGAACCUUGUCCGAAAGCGUUAGUCAAGUGUAUUGUACAAUGAAAAGGGAUUACAUCGCAUUAUGUCCGUCAGGUCAUAGUUUUUACACGGUUAUAUUUGGUGAAGUCGUGCGUGGCGGGUUAUGCAACAAUUGGUGUAAAAGCGCCCCAUAAUAAGGCGUCCAGAUAUUGUGACAUCUGACCUACUUAGGCGAUAUAGUCGUAUUUAAGGCGGUGGUAAAUCGACAACACUCGUAACACGAAAAACGCGUAUGACAGCUUCUCAAUUUGCAGAAUCUGAAUGCUCGCAAACGCGAGAGGACAGGGAAAUGUUUCGGAAAUUACGUCUUUCCGUGAUACAUUAUUGGAAGACAGUGCCGUGACUAGCAAAUACUAGUACCCACAUAAAAGCAUGUUCGAUGCAUUCCUCCUCUCGAAUUACUUUCCCUUUUGUUGCUGUUCGACGUGGUACAAUUAAACGUAAAUAAUUACGAGACUAUUUCCGUGUUCGAAACUUUAUAUGUUGCACAUACAGCUGUAUUUGACCGAGUUCUUUCUAGAUUAUGUGACAUUUACGAGAGAUCGGUAUAGUUCACAGUUUCCCUUUCGUUAUUCACCACUGUGCCUAUUAACCAUAGAACCGGGUACAAAAUACAUGACCAAUAGUUCGUUCGUGCAAGUUUAUGUUAAAGAUAAAGACGCUUAUACCAUUGAACAUUUUAGAAUAAGUGAUUUCAAAAACAAUCAUUUGAAUUUAAUGCGUUAGGACUUUAUUAAUUUAAUCACUAGUAAUUCUGGGAAGUAACAAGAUUUUUUAUGGAAAUGGUGAAUCAUAACUUACACUUUACUAAUACAUAUCGCUGUGAUGAACGUAACGCACCAUCAACUGCUCGGUUAAUGAUGAAAUAAAGAGGAAGUGAAACACAAAAAUCUUUAGUUCGAGCUACAAGUUAAUAAACGUAGUGUCUACAUUCUCGUGCCUCCGUUAACAUCAGAUCGAUAUAAUUUUACGUCACAUUGGAACUGAAAAAAAAGACUCUGGCCGGAAGGUGUGUGUAAUAGAUGUCGUACAGCGAUGGCAGUAAUUAUCUCGAGGUUGAUAAUAAGAAUAUCGCGAUUUCGGCGUGUGGUACCAGUAGAUCAGAUCAGUGUUGGGUACCGGUACCAAGUGCACAUCCCUGGAACUCGUGUUGUCAGAACGCAACUGUGCGCCAGACUCUCGCUUGACUAAGGGAGUGCCCGUCCCAAUGCAAAGUGUAAGUGAAGUGGCCUACAGACCUACAUUUGUCUAACGUUCGAUUUUUUUCGAACCGCCGGACGGGAGGUUAAUAAUCCAUGCGGGGCUCAUUUUUUCGCGACUGUGUGUGAUGUCGCUGUCGUGUGAUAUACCGAUGUUCGGUUGAAAGAGACGGUGUGUAGUUUCGGUACGCUCAAGCAGCUCUGGCCGGCGCGGGGAGCGUAGUAGUAAAAAGAGAGGAGGACAGCGAGAGCGCGCGCACACUAGGAGGAGAAAGAAAAGGAUAGAGACAUAGAGGAGAGAGACAGAACAGACGUAGACGUAUACGGGGAUACGAGCGAAGGAAAGAGAGAGAGAGAGAGGGAAAAAGAAAAGGAAAGAACGAAACGAUCGCGCUCUGCUGUCUGUCAGACAGAAAAAGGAACGGAGACAGAUAGAUAGACGGGGGUGAGAAAGAGAGCGAGCGACGCAUAAGAGAGUGUAAGUAUUUCGAGAGAGAAGUGCGUGUGCUCAGGAAAGGCGUGCAAGAGGAGGGACCCCCGUCUGUCUGUCUGUUGGAAUGCACGAGGGCCGAAUGACUAUGGGGACAGGGGACGGUGGGGGCCACGCGGCCCUCGAGAACACCACCACGACGGCCCUUACGGAAUCAUCGUCGUCCUCCUCCUCUUCCUCGGUGCAACAGGUUCAACAGGAACAACAGCAACAGCAAGAGCAGCAGCAACCUCAGCAGCAGGAGCAUCAGCAGCAGGAUCAGCAAUCACAUGCACGGCCACGGGUCAACGUGGUUACCGAUCUUCCAACGAACGAUGCAUCAGCUCUUAUUCUCUUUGCACAUUCGCUCGUCCGACUCGGUCCACUUCCGAAGUUACAGGUACAAAAGUAUGUACUUGUACACGAUCUUACUCUUCCUCGUUGUCGCGACAUGUACUUACAAAUAAUCUUCACGUUUCGUACAUCAUCUACGAUACCUUCCCUACGCUUACGCAUUGGUAACAAUUGUAUUAUGAAUAGUUGUAAUGGAAACAUUAACGACUUGGUUUUAUUUGCGACUGUCUGCUAAUAGAGCGCAUAAGAGCAAAACGAGUCUCAUUCAUUGAUACCCGCUUAAUAACUACACACAUAUACAUGUAUAUCACUCGUUACUCUUGCCAAGCCUGUUAACGUAUUUAAUAUUGUAACAGUUAUUCGUAAAGAUAUCCGACCAGACCGUAGUCAGAGUUUCAAUUUUUCGCUCUGCAUAUAGUAAGCACAUAAAACAGCAUUCCGUACAGAACGUUAAAAAUUCCAAGGAACAUUUUCACUAGCAAUGAACCAUAGGACAUUUAGUAAGUGCUAAAAAGGGGGCAUGCAAAGUAGCUUGAAAAUUACAGUUUCUAUUAGAUAAGACGUAAAAUGCCGUAACCGAAUAACAUCGGACACCCUGCGUUGGUAAAAAGUAAAUAUAUAUAUCUGCAAGAGAAUAUUUGAAUUUUACAAAUAUUAGUAGAUUCGUGUGAUUUUCUUUGCGCUCUCAUGCCAAACGUAUUGGUAUAACGCAAUUCGUAGUUAUGUAAUUAUAGGAUACUUUAGUUCUGUUUCAUCAUGAAUAAAGAAUACACAGGUAUCUUUCAUAGCCAUUCAUCACUGUGUACUGGAUAUCUUAACGUUUUAUAUUUAGUAUUUAAUCAUGUGAAGAAUAUUCUUUACUAACAACAUAUAGUAUUUCACAAAAUGCCUAUAUUAAACAUAA